UCAUGCAACCCUAACCCAAGAAAUUCCCCACACAACAUAACCUCCAAAAUGUUAGCAGCAUGUUUAUCAAAUUAAAAGCUGAAUAAACAAAUUUGGAACGUUAACAUCAGUGCAGCAGCAACAAAACCACAAAAUGUUUACCACAAAGUCUUUUAUUAAAAAGAACAAAGUCGGCAAUUAUUUGAAGCACGUAAGGGAGCACUACAUACGUGACGACAUCGCCUGCGGUCUCCAAGAGUGUGAAAGCUGCUUACCAGUGGAGUCUUUUUUGUCACCAGACCAUGAAAAUAAAUGCGCCUUGUUUGAAUUUAACCAUUACCUCAUACUAGAUACUAAUGUGAUCCUAGAUCAGAUGGAUAUCCUAGAAGAGUCAAUCCUUGGCAAUGUUAUAAUUUUACACACAGUUUUAAAAGAAGUCAAGCACCGAAGCCUACCAAUGUAUAAACGUUUGUACAACAUAAUAGACAACCCCAGUCGGCAUUUUUACGUAUUCAUUAAUGACCACCACAAGGGCACCUACUUACAACAAAAAGAAGCUGAGCUUGUUAACGAUUAUAAUGACAGAUGCAUUCGUGCCGCUUGCUCCUGGUACAUCAACCACGCCCCCAAAUGCCGCUUCAUUUUUUUAACAGAUGACUCCGCCAAUCGUGCCAAAGCCCUCCAAGAAAACAUCCAAUCCCUUUCCGUUUCAGACUACAUAACUAACCUAAAUAACAACUCCUCCCUCACUGACAAACUCUCCAGGAAAGACUACCACGCAAAAGACGCCGCUAAAGACGUUUUCCCCAACCACUUGACCAACGUGGAGCUUCUAACCGGCAUCCGCGAAGGGCGAUUGUUGCAGGGCACGUUUCGGGCCUCCCGCGACAAUUUCCUGGAGGGCUUCGUCAGUGUUGACUCGUACGAAGACCAGAUUAUCGUGCAAGGUCGCGCUGGUCUCAAUCGUGCGGUAGAUGGCGACACGGUCGCCCUGGAGCUGUUCAGGGAGGACGACUGGGUCUGUCCUAGCGAGAUCGUGCUGGAAGAUGAGGGGGUGGAGGACGAGAAUGUCGACGAUGUUAUAAGUAAGGAGAAUGAGUUGAAGAGGGAGACGAAGAAGAAGAGGGGAGCGAAGCCUACGGGGCGCGUCGUGGGGAUUAUUCGGAGGAAGUGGCGGCAGUAUUGCGGGAUUUUGCAGGGGGGUAUUGAUGGGGUUUAUCAGUUGUUUGUGCCGGCGGAUAAGAGUAUUCCGAAGAUUAGGGUGGAGACGAGGCAGGCGGAGUUUUUGAGGACGCAGAAGCUGAUUGUGACGAUUGAUUCGUGGCCCAAGCAUUCGCGGUACCCGCACGGUCAUUUCGUCAGAGCUUUGGGCAAAAUCGGCGACCAAUCCACCGAAAACGAAGUAAUUUUACUCGAACACGACGUCCCCCACAGCCAAUUCUCGGAAGAAGUCCUCGCCUGCCUCCCGAAAAUGCCCUGGAUCAUCACCGACGACGACGUCACCAAACGAGUGGACUUGCGCCACCUAGACAUCUGCUCCGUGGACCCCCCAGGCUGCACCGACAUCGACGACGCCCUCCACUGCCGCCCCAUCGACCCGGAAAAACUAGAAGUGGGCGUCCACAUCGCCGACGUCUCCCACUUCAUUCGACCCGGGACACCACUGGAUCGGGAAGCCGCCUCCAGAGCCACCACGGUGUACCUAGUGAACAACCGCAUCGACAUGGUUCCGGAACUUCUCAGUUCGAAUCUGUGUUCGCUGAGAGGGGGCGAAGAAAGGUUCGCGUUUUCGUGUAUUUGGGAGAUGGACCACAACGCGAAUAUUUUGAACGUGCGGUUUCACAAAAGUAUAAUUAAAUCGAGAAAAGCAAUGACUUAUGAGGAGGCACAGUUGAUUAUUGACGAUAAAACUAAGCAGGAUUCGGUGGCUGAGUCGCUGAGGAAUUUGAAUAAGUUGGCUAAGAUUAUGAAGCAGCGCAGAUUAGCCAAUGGAGCAUUAGUCUUAGCUUCACCAGAAGUCAAAAUUCAAAUGGAUUCAGAAACAAUGGAACCCUUAGACGUUGAAGUGAAAAAACUCUUUGAAACUAAUUCAAUGAUUGAAGAAUUUAUGUUACAAGCAAACAUAAGUGUGGCUGAAAAGAUCCUAGAAGUGUUUCCAGAUUGUGCUAUGUUAAGAAGGCAUCCAGUUCCUCCUAGUUUGAAUUUCGACCCUCUAGUAAAGGCUGGAAGACAUCUUGGAUUUGAAAUUAAAGUCGACUCGGGAAAAAACCUAGCAAAAUCGCUCGACGAAGCCAUCAAAAAAGACAAUCCCUAUUUGAACACGAUGUUCAGGAUUUUAGCCACUCGUUGCAUGUUACAAGCGGUUUAUUUCGCUAGUGGGGCCUUCCAGAAGGAGGAUUACUACCAUUAUGGGCUAGCUGUACCAUUGUACACCCAUUUUACGUCACCCAUUCGAAGAUACGCGGAUAUUAUAGUACACAGACUACUGGCUGUAAUUUGUGGCUCAGACGCCACCUACCCGGAUUUAUUAGACAAAAAGAAAACAACAGAUUUGUGCCAAAAUUUAAACUAUAGGAACCGAAUGGCGCAGUAUGCAGGAAGAGCGUCCAUAGCCUUCAAUACACACUUAUUUUUCAAAGGAAAGUUACAAGAUGAAGAAGGCUACGUUUUAUACGUUCGAAAAAAUGCCUUACAAAUCUUGAUACCUCGGUACGGACUCGAGUGCACUUUGUUUUUAGCCAGGAAAGGGGAGACUUCAAACAUUUUUGAAUACAAUGAAGAGGACCAAACCCAGAAAGCCGGAGACGUGGUUUUACACGCCUUCGACCCCGUCGUCGUGCGCCUAACCCUCGACUCCAACAACAUCCAGCACGAAAAAUUCGUCCUCCAGCUCGUAAAACCCGUCGUUGACAACUUCAGCGUGCCCGGGAUUGACCAAACCGACGACAACGACAAAAAGCGAAAAUCGCCGGAACCCGACAAAAAGAAAAGGAAGAAGAAAAAACACUAAUUUGUACGAAUGUUUUUAUAAUAAAUGUUUGACGACUUGUUUGUCAAAGCCACAAGAGUAUAAA